AUGUUUAGGGGUGGCUUUUUGGCAUGGCGAUUAUGUAUUCAUUAUCCUGAACGUGUUAAGGCUAUAAUUAGUCUUAGUACUCCUUACAUACCUCCAAAUGAUAAUUAUAUUUCUCUUGAAUCAGUAGCGGAAAUUCUUCCAAAUUUACAAUAUCAAGUUUAUUUGUCACAUCCAAAAGCUGAAAUUGAAUUAGAUAGCAAUGAUCAUAUUAAAUUAUUUGAUGGAAAAUCUAUGUUGGGACAUGUUAUUGAUGGAACUCAUGGAUUUCAUGGUGGAUUAAAUUGGUAUAAAACAAGAAAAGUCAAUUAUCAAGAUGAGAAAGGUACUAGAAAGCAAAUACAUCAUCCAGCACUAAUGGUUACUGCUAGUAAAGAUCUUCAUAUUUAUCCUAGCAUGACAAAGAAUAUGCAUAAAUUUUGUAAAGAUUUAUCUAUUAAGAAUAUUGAAAAUUCGGGACAUUGGAUGAUGAUAGAGCAAACAAAUCAACUUCAUGAAUAUUUGGAUGAAUUUUUAGAAUAUGUAAAAAAUAAUGAAUCAAUAUUAAUUGAAAAACAGCAACAAUAUCGUCCUUAUUAUUAUCGUUAUCAAUCUAAAGAGAAUAAAGCAAAAUUAUAA